UCUGCCCUCUCUCCUUUUCUUUUUGAAAUACUAACAUUUGAUCUUAUAAGAGAGAUACUGUAUGCGUAUGUGUCCUGCAAAUUGUUGUAUAUUUUUUUUCCAUUUGUUUGAUGUUUUAACUUCUAAAAGGUUGCAUCUCUUUACAUUUACGUAGCCGAUUACUAUUAUUAUUAUGUCGACGAACAAUCAAAUUACCCCUCUAUGGAGAACGAUGCUGCUUGAUGAAGUUGUAGCAUUUGUAAGCCACGAUUUUGAGUGGAGCCCUAAAGAUUCUAUUUUCAAAUUGAUUAUCAUGCUUUGCCUGCCGGAAAUGCAAGAGCGGUGGGAGACUCUUAGGGCAAGUUUACUUUGUACAAAAGUAGAGUGCAUUCAAGAACUAACUGUCCAUUCCGCAGAAGAGGGAAAGCUCAUUGAGUUGGUUGCUUUGCUUUCGGUAGAUUCGACUGAUUUUCACACUGAAUCAAAAAAUUACUAUGGUCAAAAUGACAAGUUUACUGCAAUUGAGAUAUCACGACAACGCGUUGCAACUAAGAUGGUGUCACUAAUUGUUGAGGAGCGGAAACUAACCGGCAGUAGAAGUAAUAAAUUGGUUCAGAAGAGGAGGUUGAUGAUGUCUGUGAUGUUAUUGCUUGAAAUCUUUGAGAGGAUUGGAGAGGAGAUAGAAUAUUUGGUGUCCGGAUCACAUCUCAUUCUGACUGAGAGUUCAAAGCGGUCUGAAAUAAUGGCGAAGUUUCUUGUUUUCAAGCUCCGGGAUUCAGGCUUCCCAGUCACCAAUGAAUUUGAUUUUUUUAAACAGAUGAUGAACUGCAAAAGUUUUUUGGAUGAGCGGCAAGGGAAUUUGUCAGGUGGUGGUUGUGGAUCUACUUUUGAACAAAAGGAUACUAACAUCGCAGUGUACACAAAUAUUCAGAGUCCUCCAAUAUCGAAGAAGCAAACAAAUGGAAUGCCACUUGGGCAGCAAAGGAGGCCAAUCUCGACACACUCUUUGCAGGAGAAACCAGGUUUACUUUCUAUGGCGCAGUCAAAUUAUAUGUCACAGAAGUUUACAACAAAGUUCAGUCCAAAGUUUUGCACAGCUACUGAAGCUCAGAUCAGGCGACCUGUGCCAGGUCUUGCGUUAUGCAAAAAAUUGUCCUCGUUUCUGUCAGUCAUCAAGGGGGGUAUUUGAUAUCCCUAAAUGGCAUAUUUUCAGAUAUGGAUGAUGAUAUUAUCCUCCCUUUUCUAGAUUUUUCCUUGCAAAACUUAUAGAUCCAAAUGAUUCCUAGUGGCAUCUUUUUGUUGUGGAUUUGGUUAUUCUAUGAUUGGAAGUUUUACAUUUUCACUUAUUC